GAAGUUCUUCAACACGCUGUACAACAUCAUUUUCAGGGCGUAUGUACGGGAACGCAACCGCCUGACGAUCACACCGGUAGCCACCCUCAUGUAUCGCUUCGGGAGCGGCAAGAACAUCCAGUUUAUGAUCGACAGAGUCACCUCACUCGCGGAAGCGCUGGGCGCUGGUGGUAACGCGGAUGCGCUACUGGCUGCAGCCAGAAGUGCGCGUGACCAGGUGGCGGCGGCGCUGCAAAUGCCAGCACGCUCGGCCGCUGCAGCAGCAGGCCAGCAGAUGCCGGCGUUGCAGCGGCUGGCGGAUAUGCUCCGAAGCCGUGUCGCCGCCGGCGGAUCUUGA